CUUUGGCGUGCCCAGGCGAGUUUCCUCAUGAAAGUUCAGACACAAUAAGAAUCAAUUGGUACCUUGUGUACACCACAUCUAUUGACGACUUUCUAUGGUAAUUCAUUAUGUUAGAAUUAGGACCAUCCAAAAUGUCCAUAAAAUCAUAAAUUUUUUGGACCCAAACACAUGUGCUCGUGCUCGAACAUCUAAAUAUCUGUUUCCAUCUCCAAAAAGCCGAGAAAUUUGGAUUCCCCCCGGAAAGGAGCGGAGUGUGGUGAAAGAAGAGGAAGUGACCACACAUUUUGCACAAAACUACUCGCAGCUUGUUAACUAAUCUACCUACACUAGCUUUCAAAAACUACUGGAUUUAUGGCCGCAGAGACAAAAUGGCUGAUUCAGAAUUGCCGAGUAUCAAAGUGACAGAUGGGCGUUUGAAGGGCAGCAAGGAGCAACAACAAGCUAUUGGGUCCCCUUCGACUGAAGGAGGGAGGCGAGGCUCUGCAACUUCAUCGGAAGGUAGGGCGACCAAUUUAUAUAUCAUUAUUGGCCAUGUAAUACUUUGAGGGAAACAUUAUAAGUGUUACUGCUACUUAUCAGAUGCAAUGUGCUGAUGCAAGUUUUGUUUCUAGACAAUGGGCAUUCCACAAUUUCAAAGAAGUCUCCAAUAAAACUCAUUCGAAAUGGAGUAGCCAACAAGGAAAAUGGAAGUGACACAGCAUCUGCACGAUCGUCUUCUGCUAUCGACCCUCUCUCGCAUGUAUGUGACAUCAGAUUUACUCUUUGGAUGGCUCUAUAUGAACAAUAUACCAGCUUGAAGGUCACAUUUACUGACCGAUAUGUAGCAUAUACUGAAGCGUACGAAUACUGAGAACACAGUUCCCCAAAAAAUUCGAAAUGCUCCUACCUCAGGAGGUAUUCUUCCAGAGCUCGCAGAGCCGGGGAGUCCUGACACAGGUUCCCCUGGUAGGCAGUUGACACCGGAGAGUCGCAGCGAUAGUAAUCUAGGAAAAGACAGGAAGUAAGUCUACAUUUAGUACAAUGGCGAAUAAAGAGCCUUGCUUGUAGAGUUGCUUACUGUGCCUUCGGGGCUGCUAUGUUGGCGAGAGUUGGGCAAUCAUUAUGAAAGCUAAUCAUCGAAAUCGUGUAGGAAGGGAGUCUCGUUCCUAAAUCGUUUCAAUAUAUUAGGAGGAAGGAAGAAUGAGGAGCCAGAAAUGGAUGGCGACGAGGGCGAAUUGGACGAUCGACGCACCGAAGGCAUGAAUGCUCAUGUCUUUUCCUCGGCAAUAGGUGCAAACGGCUAUAUUCCGAGACAUAAGGAGCCACCACGAUAUAUUAAGGUCCGAGCCCAUAAUAAGAAGACUAUGGAGUUCAAUCGCAUGUUUUUAGCUCAGGAGUUGAGUGGCACAAGAAUUUUGUCAAAGGAGGAGAAAGUGCAAAGUUCGACGACUUCAGAACACCCUAACAAGUUAUCGAAACCACCAAAGUCAAACGGCGCAGUGUGGGCAGCCGAGUUUAGCAAAGAUGGGAAAUAUUUUGCCGCGGCAGGGAAGGACCGAGUGGUUAGAGUUUGGGCAGUAAUAUCAACCGCGGAGGAGCGGCGAGCACAUGAAUCCGAAGAUGGUGAAAAGUUGAGCGCUCCUGUCUUCAAAUCUAAGCCAAUACAGGAAUUUGAGGGCCAUACUAUGGAUGUUUUGGACCUUAGUUGGAGCAAAAACAAUUUUUUGCUGUCUUCUUCAAUGGACAAGACCGUGCGAUUAUGGCAUAUAAGCAGACCGGAGUGUUUGUGUACUUUUAACCACAAGGAUUUUGUUACAUCAAUAGCCUUUCAUCCACGCGACGAUCGCUUUUUCUUGGCUGGGUCACUAGAUUCAAUCCUUCGACUUUGGAGUAUUCCCGACAAAAGUGUUGCCUUUUGGAAUCAAUUACCUGGUCUCAUAACGGCUGUGGCAUUCAGCCCAGAUGGCAAGACAGCUAUAGCUGGUGUUCUAAGUGGCAUCUGUUUGUUUUACGAAACCGAAGGCUUGAAAUACCACACUCAAAUUCAUGUUCGGUCAUCACGAGGGAAAAAUGCAAAGGGAAGCAAAAUCACCGGUAUUCGCACGAUUGUUUAUCCUCCCAAUGAUCCGGAAGGCGAAACAAAAGUUUUGAUCACUUCCAAUGACUCUCGAGUCCGAAUGUACAACCUUAGAGAUAAAGCUCUAGAGAUGAAGUUUAGAAGCCACGAAAAUGCCUACAGUCAAAUUACGGCCCAGUUCAGCGAUGAUGCAAAAUAUGUUAUAUGUGGUAGUGAGGACAACAAAGCUUACAUAUGGUCCCUUGGAGUUACGGACAAUGAGAGCAAGGAUAAAAGGCCUUGUGAGUUUCUUGAGGCUCAUUCCGAGGUUGUCACAGCCGCUGUGAUGGCGCCGAUGAAAUCUAGAAUACUUCUCAGUGGCUCUGGAGAUCCUGUCUACGAUUUGUGCAAUCCACCGCCUGUGACUUUACUGAGUAGAGAGGAAUCAAUCCUUCCUUCGACACCUCGUGCAACUAGUGAAGCAGGAAACCGCGAUUCCAUGACUGUUCCAAUUGAAGAUUUUCAAGAACCUCAGAUAAGGAGGCCUGAACAAUCAUCUGCUUACCUUGCCAGGUCUAAUCAUAAUGAUGGCAAUAUUAUAGUAACCGCAGAUUACCUUGGUCGCAUAAAAGUCUUUCGACAAGACUGCGCCUAUCAGAAACGUCGCAAUGAUCAAUGGGAAACAUCAUCUCAGUUUUCCAAAAGGAUGCGCGUCCGUAGCAGCAGUAUAAUGACUCGUCAAAGUGGUGGAUCCCUGUCACGUCAAACCUCCAUCUCCCAGAAUUCUAUUUCAGGGCCCCUAACGCAGGCCGAAAAUAACAUCCUCGACUGGCGCAAGGCAGUUUUCAGCGAUAGACCCAAGACCUCCAGCUCUCACACCAAACCACCUCUUUUCAGUGACCGAAAUGAUCGUAGCGUCUCGCCCGCCAAAAUCAAUCGAGCACCUUACUCAUCAUCCUCCUCCGCCAAUCUCGCAAGUGCCUCCCGUCAACUCCAGUAUGGUAGCGUUGUACCCAUAACUACGACAAUGACAAGUGGCGGUCACGGCCCUCCUUCCAUUGCUACAAGUAGCCCACCUCAAUCCAUCUUCAAAUCACAAUCUCACCAAUCUCAUCAAUCCCUCCCAAGUCAACCGCCAGCCCCAUCCUUCACACUCAAUUCUGCACCAUCUCCUCCUAGCGGGGAGAUUUUCAGUGCCCAAAAGACGGAUACUACAGGAAAAUCUUAUCAAUUUUGGAAUAUCGCAAAUUGGAAAAACAGCUCAACUGCGAACCAAAAUAUAAACAAAUUAGGCGCAGAACGUGGUACCACCUCAUCCCGUGGAAAUAGUAUUGUCUCUAAAUUAAGCAGUGAUGCAAAUUCUGAUUUGACAAAUGGAAACCGAGAUGUAGAAGGCGAGGCUAGUGAUGGCAGUGAUCAAAUAGCUGCGUGUAAGAAGUGCGGAGGGAAGGACUUCAAAGCUAAAAAGUUUGGAGUGGGUGUAAGUAGGACACAGAAGAUGGUAUGUACAAAGUGUGGAACAGCGAGUGAGUAACAAAGCAACCGAGUUUGAGUAGAAGUUCGUAAAAAGGAAAGCAUGGCGGAACGGAAAAACAAAAGGAGAAGAGGGGAGCCAGAGAGGUAAAAUUUUUAUUUUCAUGUGUUACACAGCAAGCGCGCAAGCAUCGGAUUGAAGCGAUUGAAUUUAUUGGGUUGAAGCGACUAAAUGACUGUAUGGCAUGGCGUAGCAUAGAAUAGCGCAGCACAGCAUAGCAUAGCGUUUGGUGUUUGAUUCGGUGUUUGGGUACGUCUAGUAUAUUCAUAGCCGACGUAGGAGAAAUAGAAAGUGUAAAAAUGGCAUCA